GGAGGCUGUACCCUUACAAAUUGGAAAAACUGCUGGGGGGCAUGGUCUUUGUCUCUCAGGCUGGAGAGAGGGGAAGGCAGCAACAAGCUGUAAUCUUUAAGCCAGGUAUGGGAAAUCAUCAGCAUCAUAUCUAGAAACUCUUCAUUUGGAACCCCAGAUAUUGAGUUGCAAUGAUACAGUAUGGAGGUGGCUAAUGUACUGAGCCCUAUGAGAUCCUCCUCCAGGCCAAGGCAAAGUCUACUAGCAAGCUCGAGGUACAAGGAGGUGUUUCUGUCUGAAGUUCUGCCAAAAAUUCGACUGCAUCUGCAUUUAAAUCCGUCUGAAAUGUUAUUCUGUAAAGGAAAAUCAUACCAUGUACCUGCUGCUUGCAUUAUUGCUUUCACUUCGGUGAUGAUGACACUAGCUUAUGUUUGGACACAGAGGCACUCUCUCCAACCAAAAAUAACACAAGAAGGCAACCUCUGUAGAGGGGAAAUUGCCAACAAUACAAUCACAGCCUUAAAAGAUACUAGAACUUUUAUCAUUGCCCCAUAUUUCGAUGAUAGAGAAAGCAAAAUGACCCGUGUGAUUGGGAUUGUUCACCAUAAAGAGGUGAAAGAUCUUUUCUGUUGGUUCUGCUGCCAGCCUGAUGGUGAAAUAUACAUAUCAAAGGCAGCAAUAUAUGUUCAUUCAGAUAGAUUUGGAUUCCCUUAUGCGGCAACAGACAUGCUUUGUUUGGAACCUCAAAACUGUGAUCCAAACUUUGUAUCCAUUAGUUGGGACCGUAAAGGAAAUAUCGACCAACUACCAAGGUUUGAAAUAAAAAACCGCAAAGUUGAGACAUUUCCCGUUGAAUUCACAGUGUGUAUCUCUACCAUGUUUGGAAAUUACAGUAAUGUCUUACAAUUUAUACAGAGUAUGGAGAUGUAUAAAAUUCUUGGGGUACAGAAAGUGAUGAUCUAUAAAAACAGCUGCAGCCAAUUGAUGGAGAAAGUCUUGGAGUUUUAUAUUGCAGAUGGAACUGUCGAGAUAAUUCCCUGGCCAAUUACUUCAUAUCUCAAGGUGUCUCCUAGAUGGAGAUUUAUGGAGGAUGGAACACAUAUUGGCUACUACGGACAAAUCACUGCUCUAAAUGACUGUAUUUACCGCAACAUGUACAGGAGCAAGUUUGUGCUUCUUAAUGAUAUUGAUGAAAUUAUUUUGCCCAUUAAACAUCCACAUUGGAAAAUUAUGAUGACCAGCCUUCAGGAGCAAAAUCCAGGGGCUGGGAUUUUCCUCUUUGAGAACCACAUAUUUCCAAAAACUGUAUAUGCGUCCACUGACAUAUUCAGCAUUACAUCCUGGAAUGCUGUGCCUGGAGUUAACAUCCUGCAGCAUAUUCACAGAGAGCCUGACAGAAAAGAUGUAAUUAAUCCUAAAAAAAUGAUAGUUAAUCCAAGGAAAGUGGUUCAGACUUCAGUCCACUCUGUCCUACAUGCCUAUGGGGACAGUGUGAAUGUUCCCAUUGAUGUUGCCCUAGUUUAUCAUUGCCGGGAACCCCUUCAAAGAAAGCUUCCUAGAGAAUCCCUGAUUAGGGAUACAACACUCUGGAGAUAUAACUCAUCAUUAAUCAUGAAUGUUAACAAAGUGCUGCAGAAAACAGUGUUGUAAGUACAGAGAAUGAGACAGGAGGGAGGGGCAGUGUAUGGAUUACCAAUAUAUAGAGAGAAUACUGGAAACAGCACUUGCGGGAGACCCAAGUUACAGAUAAUGUGCAUGCAGACAAGACAACAAUCAGUGAAGAAAUCAGAUAAUGAUAAAUACAUUUACCAGUGAUCUAAAGCAUGUGGGGCCUUGUGGUAAUCUACAAUGACAUAUGAAGCUGUGAAAAAGACUCAAAUCACUUCAAUUAAUUCUCCACUGCAAUUAAACUGAGUGAAACAUGAGAGCCUAGAGACAGUAUCUGAGAAAUGGGCAACAUCUUCCCUACACUAACAGCUGUCUGAGCCAUUGGUCAGGCUGUCGGAAGUGAUGAUGCAAGUGAUUAGAAAGGUUAGGUAAAUCUUGAUUUUUCACAUCCGCUGUCCAACAAACCUGCAAACAUUCUGAGGUUGGAUACUAUUGCAGUCAAAGAAAGUUUGUGUGGCACCUAAUUCCUUUAGGAUCCCUUGACAACGGGGCAGGGCUAACUCCAGGAGAAGAAGGGUUUAAAAAGCCAACUCGUAAGUGACCAGAAGAGCUAGUGAACAGGAGCAGCAAGGAGGGAGUUUUGCUGGGAGUGUGAAAGCCAGAUAUACCUAAUAACCAUUCUCUAAGCUUAGGCCAAUAACCCCCACCCCACCUACCUGCCCACACAAAGAACAAACAUACAUACACCAAAAAAAAAAAAAAAACACCCUGCAAAAAUAAAAAUAAUGCAGGCAGCAGUCCAGCUGCAGAGUGGGAGCUAUCAAGUUUAUUGCACUGAAGGCAGCAUGUAUAAUUACCUGCCCAGUGGGCAGGUGUCAUAUGUGUACGUUUGGUGCAAGCAGCUCAUGGCCCUCAGACUGAGUAUGGGCUCUGGAGACCAGAGUGACUGAAUCGGCAGAGCUAAGGGAGACAUUGGUGCAAGCAGCUCAUGGCCCUCAGACUGAGUAUGGGCUCUGGAGACCAGAGUGACUGAAUCGGCAGAGCUAAGGGAGACAUAGGUAAGACAAAAUACCUACGCAGAUGUCUGGAGACCUUUAACUGAACCAAUAACAGUAAAGGGUGGAAAAAGGGAUUUUUACCCACAAAUCUAACAAGUACACCACAAAUGCGUACAUAACUGUCAUUCAUAUGCACACACGUUAGCCUAUGAGGGAGGUGUACCCUAACAUUUCCGUGAGGGAAAGAUUACAUUUGGGCAUAGGAGGAUGGAUUUCCAAAUAAUGGUCUAUAAAAAGGUGAAACAAAUCACCAUUAGAUAGGCAAUACACCCAUCUAUCUGUUCCUCUCUACCCUCCAUCGCCUCCACCUCAUCUAUGUAUCGAUGCUACCCAUCUACAAAGGCUAUUAACAGGCCGCAGUAUUAUUUCUUUUCAAAACUGUAAGUAAAAAGGAAUCUAAUUUCCCUUCUGCUUCAUUCUUACCCUAUAAAGCACCUAGUAUAUGUAGGGUUAAAACCAAAAUGCAAACCAUCUUAAAAUAGCUUCCUCUAUCAGAAGUGUGAAAAACACCCAAAGUGCUGCUGCACUACACAGAGUGAGCUUAUA